UGCAAGUUGUUGUUGGCAACUUGCCACAAAUAUUAUGAUCAUAUGUUUUCAGCAAUGUAACAAAAGGGUGUGUCCUCUUUUCGGUAUGUUCUUGCCACAGCAACAGUUUUCAAAAUUAUAAUAUACAGCAAGUUCCCGACAACUCAUCGCCAAUAAACUUUAUAUUAUUUUAAAUAAUGGUACACAACCGCGGAGUCUUUGGUCCAGGAAGGAAGUGGACAUUCAAUAUACCGUAAAAAAAACCACAGUGUAUUUAGGGACGUUUCGAUCAUUUUUUUUUAUUUUUUUUUAGUUUUAAUUGUAUUUGAUUGUACUUAAUUAUAAUUUUUUGUUAUUUAACAGUGCUGAGAGAGGAUGAUCAACAAUAAAUGAUCGAAACGUCCCUAAAUACACUGUGGUUUUUUUUUACAGUAUAUUGAAUGUCCACUUCCUUUCUGGACCAAAGGCUCCGCGGUUGUGUACCAUUUGAAUUUUCCAUCGAGCCGUUUAUUUAAUUUUCUAUUAUUUUUCUCAACUUGUGAAUAAAAAUUAUUGCUCAUAUAUUGCUCGCAUAUUGCCGACUCGCUUGUCACAAACAUUGGCUGCAACAAUUGACUGAUAAUAAAACUCAUCAUAUCGAGAUACCGAAUUGACAAAAACAUUUUCGUUGCGUUAAAUAAAAACAACACGCAACAGCAAUUGGCGAGCAACUUAAUCUAUAUACAAAUGAUUUGCUUUGUAUUGAGUUUUCACAUAUUUGGCUACCUGGGUUCUAUCACCGCAAGCUGCUCUUCCACGCGAACACAUUCCUUGUGAUUUGAUUUCACUCUCUCUCUCUCUGCCCGACUUACACCCGGUGACACGUGACAUCCACACCAGCCGGCUCUGCGUAUUAUAUAACGAUAGUCACAGUCACCUAUAGAGCAAGUCAUUCGCAUCAGCAACGUAGAGCGUGCGAGAUUUCAAGAGUCGGCGUUUCUUCAAUCGCGAUUUGGAACUUUAUGUUUCCCGAACAAUAGUGUUCGAAAGCGCGACAAUUUUUGAAUUACACAAACGGAAUUGAAGAUGAAGAAUUUGUCAGAAAUCGAGUUUUGGAGGCACAGAUCCAGAUAUAGUAUCAAAGCGUCUAAUUUUUAAUUUCGACCGACCUAUUGAUGGAUCAAGAAAUUUGAAGACGGAUAGAUAUUUCACAUAAAACAAACUCGCGCAAGUACAAUAUGAUUCUUCAUCGACAAUUUCGCAAGAACUCAACAACCGAGUUGAAAUAAAAAAGUUCACGACCACGUGAAAAGUGGAAGAUCGCCAUAGAUUUGAAGAAAUAAGUCGCACACGCUAUUCUGAUGAGUUCCAGGGAUGCGAGUGUAUGGUGAAUUGAGAAAAAAAAAGAAUUCGCCGGGUGUGGAAUUUGCCAUCGGCGCGCUGGCGGCGGUUGGCGCCGGUUUCUUCACAAAUCCCGUGGACGUGGUGAAGGUGCGACUGCAGUUGCAAGGAGAACUGGAGGCGCGGGGAACGUACAAGAGGAUAUACAAGAACACUCUUCACGCCGGUUAUCUGAUAGCCAAGCACGAAGGCGUCAUCGCACUGCAGUCCGGACUGGUCCCCGCCUUGGCCUUUCAAGUUGUGCUCAACGGCAUUCGAUUGGGAGCGUACAAGUCGGCCCAGAGGUACGAGUUGAUUGUCAACGAGCAAGGUAACACCGACGUUCUGCGAACGGUGAUGGUAUCCGGCACGGCCGGUUGCGUCGGCGCCGCGCUCGGCAGUCCGCUAUAUCUGGUCAAGACGCAAUUACAAGCGCAAUCCGCGAAAUCUAUCGCUGUGGGUUAUCAGCGCGACUACGCGGGAUCGUGGGACGCUUACAAGUCUCUCUGGAAGGAGGGCGGUAUCGCGGCUCUCUAUCGGGGAUGGAAUGCGAAUUUGCCGCGCGUAUUCGUCGGCUCGGCGACGCAGCUGACCACUUUCGGAUUGGUCUCGGAUUGGUUGCACUCGCUUGAUACCGUCCGAUACUGUUGACCUUCUUGGCCGCUGCGAUUGGAGGAAGUUGCGUAGCCAUUACCAUGCAGCCGUUCGACGUUCUGGCAACGCGACUGUACAAUCAAC